AUGAAGCUAGUCAAUAAGCACGUCGAGAAAGACGGAUCGGGCUACGUCACCCUCCGCCCAGAAGACGACGAGGACAUGUGGCACGUCUACAACCUCAUCGCGGUCGGGGACGAAGUCCGCGCCCUCGCUGUCCGCCGUGUCCAAACUGUCUCCUCCACAGGCUCAUCCGACUCGUACCGCGUCCGCGUCAACCUCAAUCUCGUCGUCACAAAAACGACCUUUGCUUCAGCUGCGAGCGGGAGCGGAGGAGGCGGGGGAACGGGCGUGGCGGAGAAGAAGGAGCCGACGGCGAGUUUGCAGAUCAGCGGGCAGGUCAAUAAUGAGAAUGAGUUUGUGAGGCUGGGGGCGUUCCAUACGUUGGACUUGGAGGCCAAUCGAGAUUUCAGGUUGAUCAAAGCCACAGGAUGGGAUUCUGUCGCACUCGAGCGGAUCACGGAGAGUACUAGGGAAGGGAGGGGGGCUGAGAUUGGUGCUGUCGUUAUGGGCGAGGGUACCGCCGCGAUAUGUCUUCUGUCGGAACAUAUGACGACGGUCCGCCAGCGGAUAGAUAUGAGCGUGCCCCGGAAACGGAAAGGUGGGACCUUGGGGCAUGACAAGGCAAUGGAUAACUUCUUCAAGACGGUAUAUGAUGCGAUCCUUCGGUUGAUCCCAUAUCAAGAUCUGAAGGCGAUCGUCAUUGCCUCCCCGGGUUUUACAAGGGAAUCUAUGUACGAAUAUAUCUUUCAACAAGCGACAUUACAGUCCAACAAGCCGCUAUUAGCCUCACGGACGAAAUGGAUCAAGGUGCAUUCGAAUACGCCACAUGUGCAUAGUUUGGUGGAGGCGUUAAGGGCGCCAGAGGUGGCCAAGACAUUACAAGGGGCGAAGUUUGCUCGAGAAGGAUUGGGACUGGAACGCUUCCACAAAAUGCUCGCCCAAGACGAGCUCCGAGCAUGGUACGGCCCCGCCCACGUCUCAAUGGCCGUCGACCGCGGCGCCGUCGGUACCCUCCUCAUCUCGGACGAUCUCUUCCGCUCCGCCGACCCUGCGACCCGGACGCACUACGUCGAGAUGGUCGAAGCGGUCCGGUCGAGGGGCGGGGAGGCGCUCAUCUUUUCGUCGAUGCAUGAGAGCGGACAACAGUUGAAUCAGUACACGGGGAUAGCGGCGGUUUUGACGUACCCGCUCGAUGUGGAGAUUGCCGAGAUGGAGGAGAGGGAGGAGAAGGAGCGGGUGGAGAGGGAGAAGAAUGGGCAGGUGGGGGAAGAGGAAGAGGAGGAGUAG